UAGAUCCCAAACUACAACUACAAUCUUCAUUUCAAACUACAACUUCUCAACAAAAAUCAAAUCAAUAUUCAAAUUCAAUUUUACCUGUUAUAAAUAUAUAUAUGUAUUCAAAGAAAAUGGUCGAUUUAAACUGUAAAUCAAAUAUCGUAUCACCUGCUACAGAUAACAUGCCAAACAGAUCACCAAGGCCUCCUACAAGUAAUUCUAACAAACCAUCGACGACUAAUGUUUCCGUAGUUUCACCAUCGCCCGCGCCUGAAUCCGACUGCUCUGCAUACGAGAAUUACAUACGCCUUCCCGAGAUGACCGAGUUAUGGAACAGAAACGAGUUUCUAGACUGGAAAAAUGAAGUUGUGUUAAAACCGGCUUUACACGCGCUAGAGUUCACCUUUCGGUUUGUUUCAGUUGUCUUAUCUGAUCCAAGACCGUAUACGAAUCAGAAGGAAUGGAAACGAAGGCUCGAGUCGUUGGCCACAACCCAAAUCGAGCUUAUUUCGAUGUUCUGUGAAGAUGAUAAUGAGAUUGAAAAAGUUCCUCUUGUUGAUAUAGGCCAAAACGGCGGCGUUUUGACACGGGAAGGAAGUUCCGCUGAAAUAUGGAAGCUGAGCGAACGUGAAGAAACGAAUGUUUUAGUCACGCAAAUUAGCGAGGAGAGCUUACUGCCUCGGCUUGCCACGUGGAGGAAAUCCGAAGAUGUAGCGGACAAGAUUAUGUACACCAUCGAAUGCCACAUGAGACGAUGUCCGUACACAUUAGGACUAGGCGAACCGAAUUUAAACGGUAAGCCUAGCCUUAAUUUCGACGCCGUUUGCAAGCCAGCCGAGCUUCAUUCCCUUACAAAAACGCCACCCGAUCAUGCUAACGUCAACAAUUACGAGAACAAGACACUUUUCGCGACGCACCAGAUCCUUGAGUCAUGGAUUCGUGUCGGGCACGAGCUUCUUAAACGAGUCGAGCUGGAGAUCGAUUCAAAUCAGUUUGAGAAAGCUUCAAAUGAUAUUUACAUUAUGGAAAAGAUAUGGAAGCUGUUAACAGAAAUACAAGAUCUGCAUCUACUAAUGGACCCUGAUGAUUUCUUGAAGCUGAAACACCAGCUGGAUAUCAAAACGACAUCCGCAUCGGAACCGUUAUGUUUUAGAUCAAUAGCGUUGGUCGAAAUUACAAAACGAUCCAAAAAUUUAAGACAUAAGGUGCCGUACAUUUUGGAUGUGGAAGUGGAUCCAAUGGGCGGGCCACGGGUUCAAGAAGCCGCAAUGAAGCUAUAUAACAAAAAACACGAUGUUGCCAAAAUACAUUUGUUACAAGGAUUGCAAGCGGUAGAAGGAGCGGUGAAGAAAUUCUAUUAUUCGUAUAAACAGUUGUUGGUGAUGGUUAUGGGAAGUGUGGAGGCCAAAGGCGGGUUGGGUGUUGUCAAUGUUGACUCGAACGAUUCGUUGGCUCCGAUCUUUCUGGAACCGACUUAUUUUCCGAGUUUGGAUGGUGCCAAGACGUUUCUGGGUGAUUAUUGGAAAAAUAGAGGAAAAGGUUCCAUGUAGACAGGUUGUUGACGGGUUUGACUCGGUGCAGUGAGUUGAGACUCGUUCGUGUUUUACAGACAGGAUUAGUUUGGCGGAAUUUUGAAAAGAAUUGGAAAGUCAAAGUAACGGUAGGAAGAUAAUUGGUGGAUAAGGUCAAAGUUGAUGUUUGUUGUAUACUGUACUAAAAUUCUUCAUGUGUUCCAUUCAAAAUUCGAUAUAUAUAUUCUGAUUUAUUUAUAGAAA